UUUCAGGAAGAUAUCGAUGAAAAGGGAGUUAACAGAAAGUAAUAACUGUCGAUGUCUUUUUGGAAGGCAAACCGAUUAGUUAAUGGGAAAGUUGUGUAAUAGCUGUAAAGAGAAUGAUUUAACAUGGAACUAACAAGCAUUACUGUUUCAUCAUGUCAACACGAUCGACAACAGCAACAACAAACUUCGUUAACUCAGUCCAAUUUACAUCAGUGGGAAAGUAUGAAUGAUAAUUGCUCGGAAAAACAGCAACAAUGGAUAACUGAGCAACCUUCCACGUCAUUAUCAAACAUAUCAGUGUCACCAACGACAUUGAUAUCUAAUAGCACAAUUGAUAGUAACAACUGUGAACAUUACGGAAAUGAUAAUUGUAGCCAGCCGAAAAAUGUCCGAGAGAUUCGUGAAGAACGAGAGAAAUUUGUUCGAUUUGUGUAUUUUGGACAAGCGCUUUUGGUCAUUAUUGUUGCCCUGGUAUGGAUCGCUUUCAUUAUUUUAGAACGUGAUCCUAAGAUGAUUAUCGGGAACAUUACUACUACCCAAAAUGGGUUCAUUCCUACCUCUGAUAUCAAUCAGUGACACUAUCUUAAGCAAUUCAUUUUCAGAAGUUUCACUAGUGAUAAGUAAAAAUUUUACACUUGCACGUUGUUUCAAUAGUGAUUUUUCAUAAUUAUCAUAUGUUUCAUUAAUUUAUUCAAUAAAAUCAUCCGAUA